AGGAUUUACAGAUGCCAGAGAGGAGUUUUAUCAUAAACUUAAAAUCCAUUAUAAAAUAAAACCUGGAAAAAGAGUAUAUACCAGAGAAGAACAACAAGAAAUGAUUGAGCAAAUUAAUUUUGCAAAAACAAAACGAGAAAGCAAGACAAGAAGAGAGUAUUUCUUACUCAAAACGUACGAUGUUGUAUCAGUGGAUAACGUAGACUAUUUAAUAAAAAAGAAAAAAGUAAAUAUCGAUGAUGUGAUUUACAUUGUGGCGCAUGAAGAUCUUUACGACUUUAUCUAUGAUAUUCAUAUUUCCACUGGGCAUGGAGGACGCGAUAAACUAAUAAAUGCUUUAGCCCAUAAAUACAGCAUUCCCCGACCAGCUAUUCAAUAUUUUUUAACAACUUGUAGCUUUUUGGAUGUAAUAAAAUGUGAAAUUUUACCCUUUUUCCUAGGACUUAUAUGGGUGGGAAGAAAAUUCCAGCACAUCGAAGAAGUGGAGGAUGCCAUCGAACAUUUUAGCAGGGAAAACUAUAUCAAAUUGUGGAAAAGGGAUUGCAGGAAAAUAUCUUCCAGCAGGGUGCUUAAACAAAUUAAACCUGAGCUUAUGUAUUAUGAAGUUCGAUACGCUUGCAUCCAUGGAGGAAGAAGUUAUAAAAAGAAGGUUUUCCAAAACGUUCUGGAUGGAAGUGAACCAUGCAGAUUCUACAUACAAUUUCGUGUGGAUUCCACAGGAGAUAACUUGGAGAUAAAAGGUAUGAACUUGUCGCACAACCAUGUUAUUAUAGCUGGAGACUAA